AUGACUGUCACAUACGACUCUCCCUCAAGGAGAGCCCAAGCCUCAAUGGCGACACUCGAAGAACGAUUCCAGGUGAUGAAGGAAGUUGGUGAUGGUAGCUUCGGUAGCGUUGCUGUUGCACGGGUACGCACCGCCGGAUCUCAUAUCGCGCGGCGAGGAUCGAUGGUCGCGAUCAAAACGAUGAAGAAGACCUUCGACUCAUUGCAACCAUGCUUGGAGCUCCGUGAGGUUAUCUUCCUGCGGACCCUUCCGAUUCACCCGCACCUUGUUCCUGCCCUCGACAUCUUCCUCGAUCCUCUUUCCCGCAAAUUGCACAUCUGCAUGGAGUAUAUGGACGGCAACUUGUAUCAGCUGAUGAAGGCCCGUGACCACAAGUACUUCGAAGGCAAGCAUGUCAAGAGCAUUCUCUUCCAGAUUCUCUCUGGAUUGGACCACAUUCACGCCCACCAUUUCUUCCACCGCGACAUCAAACCCGAGAACAUCCUGGUGUCGACCUCCACUCCCAAUGACUCUACCUUCAGCCGCUACUCCAACCUCGUCACUCCUCCCUCGACUCCCCCGACGUACACCGUGAAGAUCGCCGACUUUGGUCUCGCUCGCGAGACCCACUCAAAGCAACCGUACACCACCUACGUCUCAACGCGCUGGUACCGCGCCCCGGAAGUGCUUCUUCGUGCCGGAGAGUACUCGGCGCCUGUGGAUAUGUGGGCCAUCGGCGCCAUGGCAGUGGAGAUCGCUACUCUGAAGCCCUUGUUUCCUGGAGGCAACGAGGUCGACCAGGUUUGGCGUGUCUGCGAGAUUAUGGGCAGCCCCGGCAACUGGUACAGCAAGUCUGGUGCCAAGAUUGGUGGUGGUGAAUGGCGCGAAGGUUCGCGAUUGGCGCACAAGCUUGGCUUCACAUUCCCCAAGAUGGCGCCGCACUCUAUGGACUCCGUUCUUCCUCCGACGCAUUGGCCUGCCGCUCUGAGUGAGCUCGUCACUUGGUGUCUGAUGUGGGACCCCAAGGUCCGUCCGACUUCCACCCAGGCGUUGAACCAUGAGUACUUCGCGGAUGCAGUCGACCCGGUACGACCCAAGUCGUCCACCUCGUCGCGCUUGCUGGGCCGUAAACAAUCCGAGAAGAGCUUCAAGUCCACAACUCUUUCCCCUAAUGACUCUCCCACUUUGUCUACGAAGCCCUCCUGGUUCCGCCGAUCAUUGAUUGGACGCUCGGAAAGCCCUGUUCCGGGCGUUGAGAAUGACAGCCCCGCGAGACCGCCCGUCGUCUCGUACAAUACCGUUCCUGAGAUCCAGCCGGUCAAGGCUCGUCCCGCGAACAUCAAGCGGGCAACCUGGGCCAACGGCGCCCCGAUGCCUAUUCUCCCUUCUAUUCGCCCGGUCUCCUCUCUCCAACUCGGUCACGGCACAGGCCAAUGCGACCCAAGCAAAAAGAUUGGUCGGCAGCUGUCUGUCAACUCGAACGGCAACCACUAUUCCGAUGUCCACCGUCAGGAGGCUGAGAGGAUCUUGAAUGGUUCUGGUAAUACCACACCGACUACCAAGGAAAGCUUCUUCUCGCAUUUGCGCAAGCGCGCUCGCAGACUUUCUGGCCGCAAUCAAGUUGCGACAUCGAGUGACGACAUUGAAGCCAAUGCCGGCUGCAUCCCCUGGUCUAACCGCUCCUCGAUCGCCCUUGAUGGUACUAAUGUGCAUGAGCCUAAGCCGCAUUCUGAUCUGAGCGAGCUUGACAAAGCCCUACAGAGUGUGAAGUACACUUUGGAUUCCUCGACGCACAAUAUUCCCGUGCACCUGAACGCAGGUCCCGAGGGAAGCAUUAUCAAGCGGCAAUCGAUGCCUACCAGCAAUCCAGCCCCCAUUUCCAGCCGAACUCGACGUGCGAUGCAAAUGACCUCCCACCCGGUUCACCGCUAUGAAACACCGGAGGAGGAGGACGAGCUGCUCGAUGAGGUGCUGCACUCAACACACAAGGCCGCCCGACGCCUGGCACUGACCCAAUCGCUGGCUGGCAAUCCUACCAGCAGGCUUCACCGGCCAACGGACAACUCACGCGCAUUGCCGAGCCCUUACCCUACCCCUUCACCUACGGCCAAAGCUGAUGGGUACUUCGAGACACCCGUCAAGCAGGUCACAGCCAAGACGGACGCGAACUCCAACCGCCAAUGGCCAACUCCACCUUACGAGGAGUCGGAGUGGAAUCACAAAGCAUCUACUCACUUCUCUGGAUCCAACUACAUCUAA